GGAAUUUCCACAAAUUGGCAACACACUGAAACCAAUGCUGAUUUCUUCUCCACUGGGACUCUAGACAGUUAUAAAUCUGUCUGUUGAUGAAGCAAUCAGGACUAUGUUGUGUAUGGAGCUGUGAGAUCACCAGUGCAACAAACAACGAUUGACACAAACGUUUGUGCAGUAUUCCGUGGAGACAUUGUAAUAGUAUUCUCUGGAGACAUUUAUUGUAACAGUAGUCCCUGAAACAUUGUUUCCAGUGUUAUUAGUUGGCAGGUAGAUAUGAUCAUUAGGUUUGUCUUGUGAAACAGCUUGUACCUGACAAACAGAACAGACUGUCAGAAGAUUGACAACAACAUCUUUUGUUGAGGUGUUAGUGUAGGAUUAAUCAUACAUUUAAGUAUUCCCAGACAAACAAGGUGAAUAGGGCACAAUGUAUGCAGUGUGAUUGUACUAACAGGAACUAAUAGAAGCUGAUGAUCGAUCCAAAGGUAGACUGAUGGAGUUGUAUCUUGAUACAGCCACCGGCAGGAAGACUUUGUAUUGGCCACAUGUGAUAAUGUGAAGACAUUGAUUUCCUUGUGUGUGUGCUACAGCUAGACAUUAUAAUGGACAUAUCAAGCUUGUUGCCGGCAGAAUCCUUCCUUUGAUAUUGAUGCCAGCAAGGCGCAAUUCUGUUGGGAUCCUCAGCUAAGGGAGCUGCAGUUGCUUCUUGCCCUAGUGUAUAUGAAGAUUUGAGGAGACUUGACAGUGGUGCUGAUUUAAGUACAAGUGGGCCUUUGUUCCUGUCCAAAAUAGCUUGUAUGUUACAUUUUGACCCAUGGAGACAGAAUGGUUACAGUUGCUAUGUGUGUGUGAUACUGACUCUGAAGUGGAUUUCAGAUGCAUUGUCUGAAGAUGUGAUAAAAUAAUCACAAGAAGUGACCGGCUCCUUACUCUAUCUCAAGUUCAGCUUAGAGUUAACAUUGAGCGAAGGAAAGUGGUUCUGAUUAGACCCUCCUAUCUCAGGCGUUGGCCUGGGUAAGCAGAAUUCCACCUCACAGGUUAUAUUGCACCAGGACACAUUGCUAGAAGGGCCAUAUCAGGGCUCUCUUAGUAGCUGCGUACACACAAAAGCCAUUUCUUUCUGAGGACUUUGUACUGCUAUCAGUUUCAUAUUGCAGGGUAUCUGAAUUGAGGACCUGUUUAUGAAAUAGGUAUGAAGACUUUAAAUGUAUAUUCCCCCAGGGCGGAACUUUUCAUUCUGUUAUAGUCCCUCUGUCAAUGAGAAGAGUUCAGAAAUCAAUUUGCAUGCGAAAGGAAUAUUCUUACGAAGAUUUUCUCAUCGAUCAGUGACGUUUAAAUAAAGACAAGAUGACUGUGGUAGCCAGGCAUUAGUGAAGAAGGUAUUCAGGGCUGUGUGUAGGUAUACCCAGUGGUAGAGGGGGUGAUAGCUUGUAGUAACUGCCACCAGUCAAGGAGAGGGAAAGUCAGGCUUAUGACAGUAGCCUCUCAACUACCUUAGGAAUAAAUCCUUGUAUCAAUAGUAUUUAGAAGCAGGAUUGGCUCACAUUGCUUUGUAUACUGUGGGCAACAGACAGAGGGGUCUGUUGAGCAAUUCCUAAUCAGAUAACCUUCCACUGACAUGGACAAUCUACACUCCACUAUACAUGGUUACAUGGCCAGUUUGGAUCCUUGCAUUAAUCUUAUAAGUCUAUCAUCAAACAGUUGUCUGCAUGGUUGGUCAGCUGGUCAGGUCUGUGUUCACUAGAAGUGGAGUGGAAGUGUACGAUAGGUGGGGGCUUGGUCGUGACAGCUCGGUGAUGAAUUGUGCUGUAAGGAUUUGACAGUUACAAGUUGUUGUUACAAAGUGCUUCAUAAGAUCUUCAAAUGAGGACAGGCAGAUGAGUGAAUCAUGAAUCGUUAGGUUCACAAGCUUGAAUAUGUGUUGACAUUUUAUCAAUGUCUCCGUGACCUAUGCUGUGACCCGAAGUGGAUAUUAUGUGUUUUGAGGAGCGUCACAGGAUAUACAUGGAUUUCUCAAGGAUAAUGUUAGCCGGCCACAGUCAACACAAUGGCUUCAUGAGAGUAAAAAACAUGAUGGAGGGUGUUACAUUUUCAUUUGUUAGUUUACAAGGUGUUUUACAGAAAUGUUUUGAGUUAAACUGACUAAGUGUAUUUUAUUCUGCAAGAUUAUCAAAGUCAACCUGGCAUUUUAUGUUUCUGAAUUUCAUCAUGAACGUUGUGUUGAUAGAAUAACUAUCCUGGAUGACAGAGUCACUGUGCACUAUGGUGAUUUAGAUGUCAGUGAUACGCCUGAUGUAUAGACACCUGUGCAGCUAAGUACAGGACAGAUAACACUUAUUUUGGAUAUUGUGUGUGUUAACUAACAAACAUUCGGAGCUUCCAGUGUGGGGAGGAUCGUGUGAUCAUCAUGACUCCCUCUAGUCUUGUUGUCACACCGAUUCUCACGCGACCAAAGACGACCAGUGGGAUGCUCCGGAACGCAUCCCUACGGAACAUUUACGGCAGGAGAUGCUCCUAUACACUGCUUGGAGAAAACAAGUAUCUCCGAUUUAAGGAGAGGCCGUAUUCAUCAGGAAACAACGCAUGUUCUUCCAGUACUCCGACGGUGCCGUUCUCCACUGCAGACCUGCUGUACAACCCAGAGGUGAGUCGGCCUGCCCCUACGGCUGACGACUUCUCCACCACUGAUCUAGUCUACUUCGACCGAGAGAAGGACAAGCUGAAGCUGCGGGACAUCGACGCCAACAGGAGGCCCACGAGCCGGAACAACUCGAGAAGAUCCAUAUCACUGGAAAAAGUUAAUUUUGAAGGGGAAAAAGAUGAGUUGCGGCCUAUUAAGAACACAUUCCCCACAGCUAAAGGGCAGAACCCUGGUAGGACCAACGGGGUCCGUGGAACACUGCUGAGAAGUGAUCAGUUACUGAAUCACAAAAACAAUGUACAAGGUACUUCACGACUAGGACGGGAGCCUGAUGACCUCGUAGCUAUGGGCACAAUAUGGAGUCCCAACUUACAACAACGCAACUCCACAACCUCCACAACGACCAGUUCCAAGUCUUUCUCCCUUACUUCCACGUCUAACACAUCCAAUGUGAAUCCCCGGAAAGGCCCAAGUGCUACCACCACACGUGUUGGCUUCCCAAACAAUUUCUCCACUUCUAGAUCUACUGCCAAAGAUAGUGAACCAAAGUAUACAGACCCAGUUUCAGGAGCAUCACCUUCAUUCCAACAAAGACUAAUGGAGUUGUCUGCCCUUGAGGCUGAAACCGUGCGAUGGGAAAGAACUAAAAAAAUUAAGAAAAAGUCCAAACAAGACCGUGAUUCUUGAUGAUGUUUAUAGGUCUAGAUAUUGUUGAGAGUGCCAAGAUGGUAGCAGGAUGCAAUAAGGUGUGCCCUCAACCUGCUCCACGGCCCAUACCAAUGGAAGGAGGACGCUCUGUGUGGUCUGUAGGACAGGACUUGGGAGACUGUGUCAGUGCUCAGCGUGGAGCAUCCAGACUGACCUUCUUCUCUCUGGACACGGUGUAGUCAUGAUCCGUGAUACAUACAGUAUUUGACAGGCCAUGAGGUCAACAGAACUCAUUCAUGCUUGUCUUAGUGUCUGAGCUGCUCACUCGUAUAUUUUUUCACAAUUUAGAUUCCGUAAUACCCAACUGGGGGAAGAUAGUUGAAACCUGUUACAUAAUAUUUUUCAAAUAUUUACUCCAAGUGUUUUGUGAUCAAGGUUUACAGUGUGUUGCUAAAAACUCCCACCAUGACUUGCCCAUCAGAAAGAUCUCGCAUACUUACAGUGUAUGAAGUAAGCCAAAAACCCAGCCAGACAUCAGGGCUGGUAACUUCAAAAUGUUACCAUCCCAAAAUGGAUUAACCAGAUCAGACACCAAAAUAUGUAUGGAACAUCUAACAGUUUUUCCAGACCAUCGGGCUGGCUAGCUGUUAAUCUAGACUGUCUGUCAGAAAUCUAGCCCGUCUUGGGCGGUCGGACGGGCCUUAUGAAGGCUUUUAAAUAUUUCAAAUGUGAGACUUAAGAAUUUGGAAUAAUGCCUAAAAUGUAGAAAAUUAUCUGAAAGGAGAAUCUUAUCAAUUGAUAUAUAUUUCCUCUUGACAUAUGAACAUUCUGUUUGGGCAACUGUAGGCCAUAUUAUUGUUUCCAUUUCAAAAAUAUUUUUAUAUUAUCCAUUAUUUUUCUGGAACAUGUAAAAAAAACCAGCACGUGAAAUAUCAAAUGUUUCAUCCCAUUGUAUGAAUGAAAACAAAAGGUGACGUUGUAUUUACCAUUGCAAGUUAAAUUGCUCCAGUUCAGGUAUCGGAUCAUACCUUACUAUUGAAGUAUACAUCACUGCAACCAGGCAACUAGCGAAUAAUACCAAGAUCUUUGCAUUUGAAACAUUUCCAGCAUUUAGCUGGAGUCCAGUCAGAUAUAUAUGUACAGAAGUCAAGGGUCCCACGGAUACUACUUCGAUGACGUAUAUUAGUGUUAUCUGCAGAUGAUGAAGAACUUGAGAAAUGCAUUCAAAUGAAUGAAUAAUCCUGUGUGGGAAAUGUGAGCAGUUCAGCUCACCAUUAAAUAUAUAUAUAUUUGUACAGUUGACAUUCUGGGGUUCUUGGUUACCUGAGUGGUAUUUCCCUUUAGAAGUCAUGGACCCUCAUAUUGAGUGUGUCUGUACAGUCAAGGGGAGAUAAUUAAGCAAAGUUGCUGUUUGAGAACUGAACUAGCAAUAGCAGAAAAAAAUGAAAUCAUUUCAAGUCAGUGAGGAGAGACCGGCAUUGACAGUUACACUGUUAUAGCCUGGUUGUAAUGGAAUCAAAGAUAUUUUUCUGAACAAAUCCUGUUAUUUUCAUCAGUGUUACAGUAUUAAUAGAGGACAGAUGUUCCCUGUCUUAUUCAUGUUUCAUCGAAACUGGCAUUAAAUGUGUGUCUGUUUGAAAUGUAUGUUUAUGUAGUGUUUGAGAAUAUACCGUAUUCAUGGAAAACUUAAGUUUUAUGACAACUGUAAGUAAGUUUGGGUCAAAUAUUUUUUUAUUUUGACUUAGGGGUAUGCAUAAGUUAAAAAGGUAAGUUGUAGGCUUUGUUUUGUUAUGUUUGAACUUUAUAGCGAUUAAACACCGAAAUACAAGGAUAGAAGAGACUUCAUAUUUGCACCAACUAGCUGACAUAAUCAUUUGUUGUCGUUUUAGAUACUAUAUAACAUGCCAGCAACACAGUGCUCACCCUAAAACAAGUUCAUAAUAUGUGUGGAAAGUGAAACAGUAUUUUUGUAUCUUAACCCUGAAGCAUGAGAGAGUGAACAUGUCAAUUUGUUUCUGUGAUAUUUGUCC